GAAAAGUUUUAUGACUUUUUCAGACACCAUUCUUCACGAUAGAUCUCAAAGUAGCAGCGAACCGAAAAGUUUUAUGACUUUUUCAGACACCAUUCUUCACGAUAGAUCUCAAAGUAGCAGCGAACCCAUACAUCAUUCACUUGGAAUAUCCAUUGGCAUCGUCUCAGACACCCUCAAUAUGGCGCACAAAUCUCACAGACAAAAGGUCCUGGCAGCUCAGUUGGAGCUUGAACCACCUACCAUUUCAGUCGUGUCUCCGGCCAAACGAGCUCCUCUGUCUAAACCAACACUGAGGGAUGAAUCGAUGGAUGUGGAAGACGAUGAAGACGUCUUGAUCUCGACUGAAGGUGUCGCUUCAACUUCUUCCAUUGGAGGAGGUCUCGGGGAACCAUCGUCCUCUGCUUCUGGUUUUGCACCUCUACCUGCAUCUGCUCAGAGCUCAGUGCUCAAGAACGAGUUCCGACGUAUCCCUAUUCCACCACAUCGUAUGAGCCCACUCAAGCGGGAAUGGGUGAAUCUCUAUACACCUAUGGUUGAAAUGCUUGGACUGCAAGUCAGGAUGAAUAUCAAACGGAGAGCUGUGGAGCUCAAGACUUCUGGUCACACUGUCGAUUCUGGCGCUGUGCAGAAAGGAGCCGAUUUCGUCAAGGCGUUCGCACUAGGUUUCGAAGUCAAUGACGCACUAGCCCUACUUCGUCUGGAUGAUAUUUACCUUGACUCAUUCGAGAUCAAAGACGUCAAAACCCUACACGGAGAUCACCUGUCCCGAGCUAUAGGUCGUAUCGCAGGUGAAGGAGGCAAAGUCAAGUUUUCGAUCGAAAACGCAAGUAGGACCCGUAUAGUUCUCGCCGAGACACAUGUUCAUAUUCUUGGUUCCGUGCAAAAUAUCAAGAUCGCUCGUGAUGCCAUUUCAUCCUUGAUUCUCGGAUCUCCACCUGGCAAGGUGUAUGCGCAUCUCAAAGCCGUUGGAGCGAGGAUGAAGCAGCGAUUCUGAUUGGCAUUCUGAUUUUGGGCAAUGUGAUAUCUUUCCACCAGUGUAUCAAACCAUGUAUGUCUAUGCUGUGCCCCAAAUCGCCG